AUGUUUUCUGUGUCCCGAACGUUGCUACCCCCAAUAUCCUUUGAUGAGUUACUGCUUCACGCUGCAUUUUUCACGAUAAUUCAGGUUUUUAGUAUGGGAGGGUGGCCCUGUAUGCUAAAUGUCCUACUAGCCACUCUCGCCUCCACUUUGGCAAUAGCACCCAUCGGUCUUCUGGGCUUUCUUCUCCUCGUCUCAUUUACUUCGCGUCAAAUUAGAUGUCUGUCAAAGCACGACCAGACUGUCAUAGGGAAGCCUCUCCUUUUUCCUGCCACGCUUGACCAUACUCGCCUAUCACCAAUCAAAAACAAAUUCACCUUCAAUGUCUUGUUUGUCGGGAUACCGAUAGGACUCAGCUGCCGAUUCGGGCGACUGCUUUCUAUUGAUGCAGAAGAUGUAGAUGAGAAUAAGUGCAGUGAGAGUUCCACAGUCUUAGCUUGGUUGAGGUCCCUCUUUUCCAGCUGGUUCAGUUUUGACUCGGCAAGAUACCUCCACCGUGGAGAUGACACAAUGAACUUACAGAUCAAGUUACAUAAAUUUUUGAAGGAGCAUAAUGAAGACCCUGACAAAUGGCCUUACGCGUAUAUGCUGAGCGUACCGCGGUUUAUGUGGUGGGAACGGAGCGUGGUGACCUGGUGGUAUCUAUAUUCACCAAGCAAGGAAUUAGAUGCGGUGAUUACGGAGAUCAACAACUCAUUUGAUGAAAAAAGAAACGUCUUGUUCAGGGUACAGCGUACCAACACGAAUGCUGGAAGCCCAUCAGGGGACCAUCAACAACCUGUGGACCUUAAGGAGGAGUACUUGGAUAAGGGCAGAAGGGUGUGUUCGCUGAACCCACAACAUGAACCAUACGCCUACAGAGCGACCUGGAAGAAGGAGAUUUUUGCCAGUCCAUUUGAAAAGGUCGGAGAAACCAUGUCUACCACGUUCAUGGAUCCUGUAACACCGGCAUCAUGGUCAGGAAAUCGGUCUCUCUCAAACAUGAUCAAUCUAGACCCCUCUGGAAGUGCUAGAAUGAUAGCCAGGCUUAAGUGCAAGGUACCGCCCAUCGACCCGAGCCACGCAUCGUCUUUCCAGAUCUUUCGUCUCCUCUUGACAUGGACAGUGAAUAUCACCUUGACAACACCGAGGAUCCUCUUUAUAGCCAUUCGACUUCACAUUAUGAACCUUAUGAGGAUGAUGGACCGACCGGAUAUACGGCCGGGGAGCGAGCCAAGACGGGCCGCUAACGGGGAAAGGCAAGAUACAUCUUUCAGAAUCCUACAUGAUGUUUUUGGGCUAGUUACUGACCUAAUCAAUAGGGCGCUCGAACACUUCUUCCGAAAAUAUCUGAAACACAUCGUUGCCUCUAAUCCAGGGAACUUGGAAGUCACAUACAUACCUUGCAAGUCAGUGUCAAAAACCACAACUUGUCUGAGAUCUACACAAUACUCGGAAGACAACCAUCCCAUGCAGUUGAAAUUCGAGGUUAUGGAUCCAGCCUUCUAUUCCCGAAUCGAAACAAAGCCUGGAAGGUCACCUGCUGAUGCAUUAUCCUCCCCUGUCAUUGCUUCCGAUAUACCUCUAUUUGUACAGCUAUUAGAUGUGACCAUCAAAGAGAUCAGGAAUCACGAUAAAGCCAGCUUCGGAAUGUCGUCACUCAUAUUCUCUCUUCGUCGUUGGCUGACUCCCUCAUUCAUGGAUUGCUUUGUUUGCAAUGUACUCCCGCCCCAUAUCCAAGAGGACUACAUCUCAUGUCUAAUACAACUAUGGGUGGAGAAAGUGACGUGGAACCUUCUGAGUCCUCAACAGAUAUACAGCGUGAUCAGGGCUGCGGUGCUGCAGUGGGUUAUUUGCUGGAUACUGUUCCGCAUGACAUGA